AUGACGGAAUCAAUUACCUCUGCUAUGGAGCAGCUGCGGCUGGCAGCGAGCAGUGUUGAUCCGUCGAAGGUUCAGACUCAUCUGGAGACUUCGCUGGAAGGCAACAAUCAAACUGCCAACGCUUCGAGGCCUCACAAGCAGACGUUCAAAACGGGGGCUGAAUUGCUAAAUGAGCUGGAGAAUGAGCUUUUGACGCCAUCGCCCCGAUUCAGUACGACAUGGCUCAAUCAACUUCAAAAACGAUGGGACGUACCUGCAGAAAUCACGGAUCUGUUCGAGAUCGCGCCAACCCAAACACGAACGGUAACCCGAUUCACUCGAGAGGGUCUUGAAGGACGCGUCACUGGAUACCGCGAAGUUACGAUACCAGCGACAAGCGAGACAGCAAAAAAUUCAACGUCCCUCCUCCGGCGCCCGGCUGGUCGUGCAGAUUUCGUUCGCGGUGCCGCAGGAUUCUUCCCUUUUGCUCCAGGUGGCUUAGAUGCGGUGGAGGCUCUGGCGGAAAUGGAGGCAGAUGCUCAGACUGAGCAGUCUCGAUCCGGUGGCAAAAAGGGUGGCUUGGAUCGGAUUAUCAACUUUGGAACCGAGGGUGGUCUUCUCACCGUUCCGCCUGGAUUUGACCGCGGGUUGACGUUCGCUGAGGCUAAGUCUAAGGAAGCUGCAGAGGGUGAUGAGGAGGUGGAAAAUGCUCUCCAGGAGGAAACCAACGCAGAGCCUGUCGAUUCUGAAGUUGCAACCGAGACAAAUGGAGUCGCUGAGGGUGCGGCCGAGGAAGCGGACAGUGACGACGAGGAUGACGAAGAAGAUAUUGACGAACUACUGCCAGUUGAAUUCCCGGCACUCGAGCCCCGCAAUCAACUUCUGACUGGCAUCCAGAAGGACAAGGGUAGAGAAUGGGCCCAUGUGGUUGAUGUGAACAAAGAGAUUACAAACUUCCAUGAUCUUGUCCCCGAUAUGGCCAGGGAAUGGCCAUUCGAGCUGGAUACCUUCCAAAAGGAGGCAGUGUAUCACUUGGAAAACGGCGACUCGGUCUUUGUGGCAGCUCAUACCUCGGCUGGCAAAACAGUCGUCGCAGAAUAUGCCAUUGCCUUGGCCAAUAAGCACAUGACCAAGGCUAUCUACACGUCGCCCAUCAAAGCACUCAGUAAUCAGAAGUAUCGAGACUUCCGAACCACAUUUGAUGAUGUUGGUAUUUUGACUGGAGAUGUUCAAAUCAACCCCGAGGCCAGCUGUGUGAUCAUGACGACAGAGAUUCUGCGCAGUAUGCUCUACCGUGGAGCAGAUCUUAUCCGUGAUGUCGAGUUUGUCAUUUUCGACGAGGUGCACUAUGUCAACGACCUUGAGCGAGGCGUUGUGUGGGAGGAAGUCAUUAUCAUGCUUCCAGAGCAUGUGACCCUCAUUCUUCUGUCAGCUACUGUACCCAACACGUACGAAUUCGCAUCCUGGGUCGGCCGUACCAAGAAGAAAGACAUCUACGUUAUUUCGACUCCCAAGCGACCUGUUCCACUUGAACACUAUCUGUGGGCUGGCAAAGAAAAGUUCAAGAUUGUUGACUCCAACAAGCGAUUCAUCGAGGGUGGCUGGAAGAAGGCGAACGAUGUCCUGUCAGGAAAAGAAGCUAGACUCAAGAAAGAGGCCGAGGCUCAAGCCCAAGCACAGUCCCAACGGGGUGGAGUUCAGGGACGGGGACGAGGAAGAGGGCAGGAUGUAGGGAGAGGCGGCGCACGCGGCGGAGGACCCCGCGGAGGUGGUGGUGGUAGAGGGCAAGCUGGAGGACGGGGUCAGCCCUCCAACCGCGGAACAGGCAAUAUUGCUCGCACCGGCCGUGGAGGAGGCAGACAGUCCGCUGCUCAGGACAAGAACACUUGGGUGCAUCUCGUUUCGCACCUCCGCAAAGAGGACUUGCUUCCGGCCUGUGUGUUCGUCUUUUCUAAGAAGCGGUGCGAGGAGAAUGCAGAUUCUCUGAGCAAUCAAGACUUCUGCAAUGCGACAGAGAAGAGCUUGAUUCACAUGAUGAUCGAGAAGUCUCUGACGCGACUCAAACCGGAGGAUCGGACAUUGCCUCAGAUUCUUCGGCUACGUGAGCUACUCAGUCGUGGUAUUGCUGUGCAUCACGGAGGUCUGCUGCCGAUCAUGAAGGAGAUUGUCGAGAUUCUUUUCGCGCGAUCGCUGGUUAAGGUGCUGUUUGCGACGGAAACUUUUGCAAUGGGAUUGAACUUGCCCACUCGGACUGUUGUCUUCUCUGGUUUCCGCAAGCACGACGGCAAGAGCUUCAGAGAUCUGCUGCCGGGAGAGUACACACAAAUGGCAGGCCGCGCUGGUCGCAGAGGACUUGAUACCGUGGGCUAUGUGCUCAUCACCAACAGCGGCCGAGAUGAAGCUCCUCCUGCUGGCGCUCUGAAGAAUAUGAUACUUGGUGACCCGACGAAGCUCCGUUCGCAGUUCCGUCUUACCUACAACAUGAUUCUCAAUUUGCUUCGAGUGGAGGCUCUCAAGAUUGAAGAGAUGAUCAAGAGGAGUUUCAGCGAGAACGCCACUCAAGCUUUGUUGCCCGAACAUGAGAAGCAAGUCCAGCUCUCAGAAGCCAGUUUGGAAAAGAUCAAGCGGCCACCUUGCGAGAUCUGCGAUGUAGACCUUGCUGCCUGUCACGACGCGGCGAUGGAGUAUGAGAGACUUACUACGGAGCUUUACAGUGGCCUGCCAACGACCCCUGCGGGUAAAAGACUCUUCGAGGUCAAGAAAAUGGUGGUGUAUCGAAAGGAUGGAAUUCGCACUGCCGGUGUCAUCACUAAAGAGGGUGUCACCAAUGGAGCGGUUCCCUGCAUUACUGUGCUGGAGAUUGGCACCCUCGACAAUCGCCGCCACCCUAGUGACGUCCUACCGUUCCUCCCCAAAUUCCGACCUUACCUCCAAGCCUUACCCUCCAAGACCGCAUCAAUGCAUCUCAAGAUAUGCAAGAUUCCCGUGACCGACGUGGAGUGUAUUACGACUACACGAUGCAAGGCUGGCGGACCCAUCUGGUAUUUAAAUAUAAAGAAAGGCAAGACAUGCUCUCUAGGUUUUGCGGAAAAGGAACUAACGCAGUUGGCUUCUUCUUGGGUUAGUGCGCGAUGGGACGAGAUCGAUUGGGUACGCAUCAAGGAGUUGCAGUCACGAGAUAUCAUCGAUCAACGAAGAGCUCAGGCAGAGCUCAUUCAAUCGUGCCGCUGCAUGGAAUGUCCGAAGUUCCUUGAACAUUUCGAAAUGCAACAUGAUGAAUGGCAAGUCAAAGAGAAUAUUUCUCAAUUGAAGCAAUUGAUGUCAGAUCAAAAUCUUCAACUUCUUCCGGACUAUGAACAACGAAUCCAAGUGCUGCGCGAACUCGGAUUUGUUGACGAUCAAUCUCGUGUGCAACUUAAGGGCAAGGUGGCGUGCGAGAUUCACUCUGCCGACGAGCUCGUAUUGACUGAGCUGGUUCUGGAAAAUGUUCUCGCCGAAUAUGAACCGGAAGAGAUCGUUGCACUCUUGUCAGCCUUCGUCUUCCAAGAAAAGACCGAGAGCCAGCCAACCUUGACCCCACGACUUCAAAAGGGUCAGGAGGCAAUCGUUCGUAUCGCUGAGAAAGUGAACAACUUCCAAGUCUUGCAUCAAGUCAUUCAGUCUACUGAGGACUCGAAUGAUUUCGUCAGUAGUCCACGCUUUGGUCUUGCUGAAGUGGUCUAUGAGUGGGCUAAGGGAAUGUCGUUCAACCGCAUCACUGAUCUCACCGACGUCAUGGAAGGAACCAUUGUUCGGACUAUCACUCGGUUGGACGAGACUUGUCGCGAGGUGAAAAAUGCGGCUAAGCUCGUUGGCGAUCCAAACCUAUACACGAAGAUGCAGCAGGCGCAGGAACUGAUCAAGCGCGACGUCAUCUUCGCAGCAUCCCUGUACAUGUGA